AUGUCCCGCCAUUCCAGCGACGACUUCUUCGCGCCAGAGCCGAAAGGUCAACAGACUUUCGUUGACCAUGUCGACACCAUCGAGCAGCGCAAUGCGCGCUCGACGGGCUUCAAGGGCCUCAUCAAGGACACCCGCAUGUUAGGCAUCGCUACGAUGGCGACGCUCGGUGGCUUCUUGUUCGGGUACGACCAGGGUGUGGUGGGGAACGUCCUCGUACUCGAAAGCUUCGGAGCCGACUUCCCACACAUCUACAUGAACGCCAGCAUCAAAGGCUGGUGGGUAUCGACCCUCCUCCUCGCAGCCUGGCUCGGCUCCCUUCUGUCCGGCCCUCUUACCGACCGCUUGGGUCGCAAGCGCACUAUUCAAUGGGUCACGAUCAUCUUCGUCCUCGGCGCCGCGCUGCAGGCCGGUGCAACCAACAACGGCUACUUGUUCGGAGGCCGCGCGGUUGCCGGCCUUGCUGUCGGCACGCUCACGAUGGUCGUCCCUCCCUACAUCGCCGAGCUCGCUCCCGCUCAUCUUCGUGGUUCACUGGUUGCCCUCCAACAGCUAAAUAUCACGCUAGGUAUCCUCCUGAGCUACUGGAUUGCCUACGGCACGAGCCAUAUCGGCGGGACUCGUUGCGCACCCGGCGUGCCUUACACGGGCCCUAUCGGAGCCGACGGUAACCCCACGUUCGAUGCCUACCACGACGUUCCCGCCGGAGGCUGCACUGGUCAGAAUGCGUCUAGCUGGCGAAUCCCGAUCGCUUUGCAAAUCCUCCCGGCCAUUCUGCUCGGUGUCGGAAUGUUCUGGAUGCCAUACUCGCCGCGCUGGCUCACGGAGGUCGGCCGCGACGAGGUGGCUAAGAACACGCUCGCCUACCUCCGCUCCUCCACCGUCGAAGACCCGGCCGUCGUCCACGAAUUCCUCGAAAUCAAGGCCGAGGUGCUCAUUGAGCGCGAACUGAGGCAGGCCAAGAUCGCCGGUAAGGGCGGUAUCCGUGCGAUGAUUCAACCAUACCUGGAUCUCUUCUCCACUCGGGCCAAUGUCUGGAGGGUAUGGAUUGGGACGUCCACAAUGUUCUUUCAACAGUUUAUCGGAUGCAACGCCAUCAUCUACUACGCCCCGACCAUCUUCGCGUCGCUCGGCCUCAACCCGAACACCACGUCGCUCCUCGCCACGGGCGUCUACGGCGUCUGCAACAUGGUCUCGACGCUCCCGGCCGUCCUCCUCCUCGACCGCCUCGGACGCCGCAAGCUCCUCCUCGCCGGAUCCGUCGGCUGCUUCUGCUCGCUCGUCAUCGUCGGCUCGAUUGUGGCGACCUGCGCAAACGACUGGGCCGCGCACGCCUCGGCGGGACGUGUUGCGAUCGUCUUCGUCUAUCUCUACGACGUCAACUUCUCGUACUCGUGGGGACCGCUGGGAUGGGUCCUGCCCGCCGAGAUCUUCAAUCUGGCGACCAGGUCUACGGGUACUUCCCUCACGACGUCGACGACCUGGAUGAGCAACUUUGUCAUUGGCCUCGUCUCCCCCAUGAUGCUCCAGAACAUCGCUCACGGCGGUACCUACUUCUUCUUCGCCGCCUUCGCCGUCAUCGGAUUCAUCUCGACCUACCUCUUCCUCCCCGAGACAAGGAUGAAGACGCUCGAGGAGAUGGACGAGUUGUUCGGCAUGCAGCGCGCGCAGGAGUACCGCGACUUGGAGAGGAGGAUCAGGGCCGAGGUUGGCUUGGGCAAGGUCGGUUACGCCAAGAACGAGUCGAAGGAGCAGAUGGUCUGA